GCGGCGCGCGUAAGAAUGGCCAAGUCCAGCGCCGACGACGCCGAGCUGCGCCGGGCAUGCGCGGCGGCCGUGGCCGCCUCGGGCGCGCGCGGCGAGGAGGUCACCUUCUCCAUCCGCGUCGCCAAGGGCCGCGGCAUCUUCGAGAAGCUCGGACGCCUCGCCAAGCCCCGCGUGCUCGCCCUCACCUCUAAACAUUCAUCAAAAGGCGAGGCAAAUAAAGCUUUUCUCCGAGUAUUGAAAUAUUCAUCAGGGGCAGUUCUCGAGCCGGCCAAACUUUACAAGUUGAAACAUCUUACAAAGGUGGAGGUUAUUUCAAGUGAUCCUAGUGGUUGCACAUUUGUUCUGGGGUUUGAUAACCUUAGGAGUCAGACUGUUGCCCCUCCACAAUGGACAAUGCGAAACAUUGAUGACAGAAAUCGCCUACUUUUUUGUAUCUUGAACAUGUGCAAAGAGAUACUUAGCUAUCUUCCAAAAGUUGUUGGGAUUGAUAUUGUGGAGUUAGCUCUCUGGGCAAAGGAAAAUGCAUUGACACUAGAUAACCAAGUGAGUAACCAAGAUGGCCAAGAAACAUCUGUUGUUACUCAAACUGAGAGGAAAGUAACAGUAACAGUUACUGUCGAAAAUGAUCUUGUGUCUCAAGCAAAGGAUGAGGAGGAGGACAUGGAGGCACUUCUCGACACGUAUGUUAUGGGAAUAGGUGAAGCCGAUGCUUUCUCUGAGAGAUUGAAGCAGGAGCUUGUUGCUUUGGAAGCAGCUAAUGUCUAUCAGUUACUGGAAAGUGAGCCUUUAGUAGAGGAGGUUUUGCAGGGUCUGGAUUCUGCUAGUGCAGCCGUAGAUGAUAUGGAUGAGUGGUUGCGGAUUUUCAAUCUGAAGCUGAGACAUAUGAGAGAAGAUAUUUCAUCGAUUGAAUCGCGUAAUAAUGGCUUGGAGAUGCAAUCUGUAAAUAAUAAAGGACUUGUCGAAGAGCUGGAGAAAUUGCUUGAGCGGCUGCGAAUUCCACAGGAGUUUGCAGCAUCAUUAACCGGAGGUUCAUUUGAAGAAUCACGGAUGCUGAAAAAUGUUGAGGCUUGUGAAUGGUUGACUGGGGCCAUUCGCUCCCUUGAAGUGCCAAAUUUGGACCCCUCCUAUGUUAACAUGCGGGCUGUUAGGGAAAAAAGAGCAGAACUGGAGAAGCUGAAAUUAACUUUUGUUCGACGAGCAUCAGAGUUCUUGAGGAACUACUUCUCUAGCUUGGUGGACUUUAUGAUAAGUGACAAAAGCUACUUUUCUCAGCGAGGGCAAUUGAAGCGGCCUGAUCACGCAGACCUAAGGUACAAAUGCAGGACUUAUGCCCGACUUCUUCAGCACUUAAAGAGUCUGGACAAGAGCUGUUUAGGCCCCUUAAGGAAGGCAUACUGUGUUUCUCUUAAUUUGCUACUUCGUCGAGAGGCACGUGAAUUUGCCAAUGAACUUCGUGCAAGUACCAAAGCACCCAAAAAUCCAGCUGUUUGGCUUGAAGGUUCUAAUAGUGGUGGCCAGAAUGGCAGUAGUGCUGAUACUUCAACAGUAUCUGAUGCAUACUCAAAGAUGCUUACAAUAUUUAUCCCGCUUCUUGUGGAUGAGAGUUCCUUUUUUGCACAUUUUAUGUGCUUUGAAGUACCUGCACUUGUUCCAGCUGGUGCUCCUAAUGUUAACAAGAACAGAUCUGGAGCAAAUGACCCAGAUGAUGACGACCUGAAUCUUAUGGAUCCGGAUGGCAAUGAUAUCAAGCCAGAUAAUACAUCUGUGGAACUGGGUACACUGAAUGAUGCUCUUCAAGAACUACUUGAUGGAAUCCAGGAAGACUUCUAUGCUGUUGUAGAUUGGGCAUACAAGAUUGAUCCCUUGCGUUGCAUAUCAAUGCAUGGUAUUACAGAACGUUACCUUUCGGGUCAGAAAGCUGAUGCUGCAGGAUUUGUUCGCAAACUACUUGAUGACCUGGAGUCAAGAAUAUCAGUACAAUUUGGCAGGUUCAUUGAUGAAGCGUGCCAUCAAAUUGAGCGUAAUGAAAGAAAUGUGCGUCAAACGGGAAUUCUAGCUUACAUCCCGAGAUUUGCUGUCCUCGCGUCACGGAUGGAGCAAUAUAUUCAAGGACAAUCUAGAGACUUAAUUGAUAAAGCAUACACAAAGCUAGUUAGCACAAUGUUCACAACUUUGGAGAAAAUUGCACAAGGUGAUCCUAAAACUGCGGAUAUUGUACUAAUCGAGAAUUAUGCUGCUUUUCAGAACAGUCUUUAUGACCUGGCUAAUGUUGUGCCAACUCUUGCGAAGUUCUACCACCAGGCUAGUGAAUCUUAUGAACAAGCCUGCACUCGCCAUAUCAGCUCGCUCAUUUAUCUUCAAUUUGAGAGGCUGUUUCAGUUUUCUCGAAAAGUCGAUGAAUUGACAUACACAAUAGCUGCUGAGGAGAUCCCUUUCCAGCUUGGGUUGUCAAAAACUGAUCUAAGGAGGGUGCUGAAAUCAAGUUUAUCUGGGAUUGACAAAUCGAUUGGUGCCAUGUAUAGGAGAUUACAAAAGACAUUGACUUCUGAUGAAUUGUUUCCCUCGCUAUGGGAUAAAUGCAAGAAAGAGUUUUUGGACAAGUACGAGAGCUUUGUCCAGAUGGUAACACGAAUCUAUGGAAACGAGCCCAUAAUGCCGGUUGCCGAAAUGAGGGAUGUCCUCGCCACCUUUUAGAUACAACGAGUACAGUGCCAUGUAUCAUUUCACAGUGCAGUAGCUAAUCUAUAUUUAAUUCAUUCUAUUAAUUUUGUAGAUCCACUUUUUCUUAGGCCUUGUUAGAGUUCUGUGUAUGUUUCCUUGUCAAAUUGUAUGUGCGUGUGGCCCUUGUAUAGAAGAGGAUGUGAGCUGUUGCAUCCUUAAAUCAGGAUCUCAAACCAGCUUCUCUGUUGGUGCAAAGGAGUAUGGAUGUAACAAGUCUGGAGAAAUGUGUGCAUGAUUAUCAGGAAUACUGAAACGCCAAAAAGUUUCUUGUUCA